GGUUCCGGGCGGCAGACGGACGGUGAUGGCGACCCGGGCGGAGCGGGACCGGGCGCACCGGCUGAAUGAGCGGCACCAGGCGGCGCUCAGCGAACUAUUGCAGGACAACAGGGAGUGUGCGGACUGCGGGAGCCGAGGACCAAGAUGGGCAUCCUGGAACCUGGGAGUAUUCCUUUGCAUUCGCUGUGCUGGUAUUCACAGAAACCUUGGAGUCCACAUCUCCAGGGUGAAGUCGGUAACUUUGGAUCAGUGGACACCAGAACAAAUCCAGAGCAUCCAGGAAAUGGGAAACUCUAAAGCCAGGGUACUGUAUGAAGCUUAUCUUCCUGAUGACUUCAAGCGACCACAAGCAGAUCAAUCUCUGGAAAGCUUCAUAAGAGACAAAUAUGAAAAGAAGAAGUAUUUUAAUAAAGGUAUUGAUGUCACUGCUUUCAGGAAAGAAAAUAACAAAUGGAAGAAAGAGGCUGAGGCAAAAGAAAGCAAACCUGUACCAGUUAUUUUUGAAAAGGUUAAAGUGGCACCAAAGAAAGAUGAACAGCAGCAGUUGAGGACAAGUUCUUCAGCACCUCCAGGGCCUACGAUUGACCUUCUGGGCUUGGAUACUCCUGCAGCAGCUCCUACCACCAGUGGGACCACCAGUCUAACCACAACGAUGGCUAAUGACCUGGAUCUAUUUGCACCAAUAAUGUCCAAUCCACUGCCUGAGGCCAGCACAUUCCAAAGCACGUCUUUGGCCUCUGCUCCCCAGGAAGGAGCUGAGAACCUGAACCUCUUUGCUGACCCCUCCCUGAAGCAGGAGGAUUCUGGGAAGAAGCAGCUCUCAAAGGACACCAUUCUGUCACUUUAUGGGUCGCAGCCCGCCCAUGUUCCAGCGCAAGGUGCGAUGUUUAUGCCCUCUGCACAAACACCCUAUGGUCCCUGUCUGGCACCUGGCUUUGCAAAUUUUUCCCCGGUGGGCAGUGGAGCCAUGCCGGCCAGUGCUGUGAUGGGUAAUGUGGGGCAGUCAUUGGGCAUGGUGGCUCCAGUAGCAUUGCCACCAGGAUUCGUAGGUAGCAUGCAGGCCGGGGUGAUGGGUGCACCCAAUGGGAUGAUGACACAGCCGGGUACACACAUGGCUGGAAUGGCCAUGUCUCAGCCGGUGUAUGGAGUCCAGCAGGCACAGCAGCUGCAGUGGAACAUUGCACAGAUGACUCAGCAUAUGGCAGGGAUGAAUUUCUAUGGGGCCAGUGGUAUGGUGAAUUACGGACAGUCACCAGUGUCUAUGGGAGCAGGAACUGCUCCAGCAGCAGGUCAGUCCCUCGGAACCCAGAUAUGGAAAUAGGAAGAGAGAAACGACAAUCUCUCCAUGCUUUGAAACUACGCAGAAGACAUUUUGGCUUCUUCUCUUCUCCAGCCAGUUUGCUCCGUGCGAUUUCAAAUCCAUUUUGCCGAAUGGCCUUACAUGGACUUGGCAAGAAUUUCACUAUCAAAACAGCAGUCAUCAUUACCAAAGUCAAUUUUAAAACUAUUUUUCUCCCAAAGAAUGUUUUGGGAAUCUAAUUCCCUCCUAGGCAGAAUCUAAGAAGGAUGUGUGAUCCUGAAGUCUGGCGUUAGAAGUGUUGUUGGCACAGCUUUCUCCACUCAUUCCCAAAUUCUGCUCGUCAUUCAGGUGGGUGACCCGCCUGAGUAGCCACAGGAUGCCUUGUUCAUGAUACUGGGUUAAAAUUAUGAAGUUUGGACUUUGGACAGAUCAGAUUUGGAGGGGAAAGGAAAUGAUGGUUGAGUUUAUUAACCAGUCAUUGAGCCUCAUGUCACAGUUGGACAGAAUGUGAACUAUAGCACAAAUGUGCCUAUAUAAUAAGGCCUUUAUUGAUGCCUAUACAAAAACCGCUGGUUCUAGCUUUAUCAUUAGGCUAAUAAUUUUGAUAUUGAAUAGAUAUUUGUUUACUGUGGUUAAGGUAGUCCUUCUGGAACUUGCUUAAAAAAAUGCUGUUCAUCAGCUGAUUAGUGUCAGUACUAUACUUAAACCUUGGCAGCUGGUGUGAAAUUUAAUUAAAGACUAAAUCGGAAAAUCUAGUGAGAGAUACAAGUGGGAUAGACUAGUUGUGUACUGUGCUUUCUAGCACACUGCAAAGCCAGGUAGGCUGAAACCUGCCCCUUGGGAUGGGAUGCCUCACCUCUUACCAGUGUCCUUAGAGCAAGCUCCACGUUGCCCAGUUAAUGUCACUUCAACACAAAAAAAAAAUCAUCAGAUGAUUUUUUUACAAAGGUUCCAAGCAGGGUCACUUUAAAAUAGGGCAAAGCACACUUGAGUGAGAUUUUAAAAUAAUUAAAGAAAAAAAACAGGGUAACUUUUAACAUAAUCGACUAAACCAAAUUGUAAUUGAACUGUAUCUAAACUGUAAUUGAACCAAAAGGUAGAAUCAUUAAUAUGAUUAGACUCUUUAGCUCCUGGUUGAGGGAGAGAGUUCAGACAUGCAGCCUUAACUCUACAGUGUCUCAUAGCAUGGCUGAGGACAAAAUACUCUCCAUGCUCGUGAAAUUUGGUUGCUGCUCACUCAUUCAGUAAGCUCCCAUCUCUGUGUUAGACCUGCUUGUGUUGCCUUUCCCAGCAGUCAGUAAAUUUUAUUGAUUUGCCAUCUGGAUUACCCCUGAGUAAAAAAACACCACAGUUUAAUACAAGGCUGUGUAGGGCUUUCCAACAAUCUGUGCAACAAUUAGGAGCAACAUUAGAGAAUAGUUAGAAUGCUGUGUGAGGAAUAAAGUGCUACACAACUGGUAAAGAUGUCCAGUCACCAGUGGAGAUUGCCCUUUUAUUUCUACCUCAAACGAGAAUGCAUUCCAAGGUAUUAAGCACCUUUUCUUUAGGCUGUGGAGGGAACUCUUUGCACUUACCAGCUAUGUUGCUGCUUUAACUUGCUUUUCAAGCAGAUUGAGACUGGGUUAGGGGGUAUGGGAUGUUGAAAGGAAAAAGGCUAAGAUCCAUUCCAUGAUUAUGCGUGUGAUUCUUCACACACUGAGACCUGGUUUGAUGUGGCAAGUAGUCACAUCUGCACUUUUAGAGUAUUUUGGGGGGGAUUUCUUUUUUGCUCAAGUAGGGAAUUCCAAAUGGACAUUUAAAAAAUGUAUUGAAACUGAAAAAUGUCAGGCAGGUGUGUUUGAGGCCAUUAAUAGGUCAGUUAAGUGGACGAGUCUUCAGUAUAUUAGAAACAGGUACCCAUCCAGUGAACUUGUAAAGGCCUGGCAUAACAGGAUUGUUUGCAGAGUACCUGACCACAUGUUCCCUCAAAAUACUGGGUGAUUGAGCUUUUAAGAGCUGAUUACAUGGAGCUGUAGGCCUGUUAUAGAUGUGAGACUUUCACAAAAUCUAGCAGGAUUUUGGAGACUGUUUCCCCUUCCCAAUCUGAAUUGAUAAUUGCAAGCAUUCUGAUUUUAUGCAUUAAGAUUAACUGGAAGUAGGUGUUUGCAUUAAGGGGAAGCUGUAAGAACAUUAAAAUACAGGGUUAACACUGUAUGUUUAAAUAUUUUUGGGGAUUUGCCUUUUAAUUUUAUUCCUUUCAUUUCUUUUUAAAUAACCUUUCCAUCAGUAAGUACUGAACUCAAUAUGUUAAAGAAAUGUUGACAAUGGCUACAGUCUUGUGUUUAACUUGUUAUCCAGAGGAAUGAGAAAAGCAGCUGAGUGCUAAUUGUGUGUUUUCCCCAGUGGUUGUUUUGCCAAGCUUUAAAUAAGUCCUGAGCAAAUUGUUUGGGAUGAAGAAUAAAAUGCAUUUUGAUGUGAAAUAAGCUGCUUGGGGAGCAAGAGGUUAAAUGCCUGUCUUUAACACAAUUAUGAGUGCUUCUUCAUUUCCAAGAGUCAAUGCAGUCAGCAUUAUUCUGGUUAUGUGACACUGAACAAAGUGAGAUUGGAUCUAAUGUGACAGAAGAGAUGUAGCUGCUGGUCAGCUGGCUGGUUCAGCGACGUUGUAUCAUUGCUUACUCCUUCCAAAGCCCAUGGAGAGUCAUUCUUUUGUGGUGUGUAGGACUAAUGUUCCACCCAAAUUACAUGAUCCCCCACCUGACUUGGUGAGUUGGUUCUUUAUGUCUAAUUAAACGACUCCUCUCACAACUCCUUGUGAGUCUGAAGCCAGAACAUGGGAAGUGUGUAGCUGCAGGUGACAGCUAUGUUGUGUCAGACACUGCCUUUGUGAACUGUUUUUAUGUGGAUGGUCAUAGAGAAUGGUCCAAGCUGGUCAAGUGGGUGCAGUGGUCUUGAAGCAGGAGGAGGGAGUCCUGGAUUUAGUUCACUGUUGGUUUAUCGAAGUUCUUUGUAUUGUCCGUUGAGGGGCAUUUCAGGUUUAAAAUGGCAUGAGUAUAUUAAGCAGCAUCAGGGUUGGAAAAUAAAUUUCCUUCCCUCAGAUUGACAUGGGUUCUGAGAGAGUGGCUGUUACUUGCUUGGGUCUGUAAUGCUAACUUUGCUAGGUAUUACAGCUUACCACUUAGUCUUUCAAACCAACUGUAUUCAUUGUUUACACGUAGUCACAUGCAGCUGUACUUUAAGCAUAAUGAACUGUGCUGUAGCACUGGUUUCCCAGCUGGUGUGGUAGUUUUAUAUUUGUGUCCACCUCUUCCAUUGCCCCUUUCGUCCACCCUCUUUCGUUUCAAACGUUGGCCUUUGCCAGCAGUGCGUCAGUGGGUAAAGGAAUCUGCGAGUCAGGUUGCUAUGUUUGCCCUCCAUGUUUAAAAUAAAGACAUCCUUCCAACCGUAGUGAGAUUUCAAAUCCUAUGGAGUGCAAGACAUGGUGGUGUUGCUGAACUCACUAAUUUUCUGUAGGGAUUUUGUGGUUCAUGGAAAGUGCUGUUCUAUCUCCAACCGUCCUUUUGCCAACCUGGAUUGAAGUAACAGUGAUAAUAAACCUUUUCUACAACACCACAGUUAACUAAAUGGCAGCUCGCAUCUUAACUGUUAAUGAGCAAGAGGAUUGAGCUGGGUGCCGACGGAGUUCAUGAGGAAUGUGAGAAAGCAUAAUGUAUUUGCAGAAAUGAAUGUAUUAAUAUAAAGCUAAUUUGUGCUAUUUUUGAGGCUGCUGUGUUUAUAAGAACAAAUUUUUAUCUAUAAACUGUGAUUUUAAAAAAAAGAACUAACCUUGUUUUCUCUUUUGGACCAUUGAAGGGUGGCCAUCGUACAGUGCAGAACCAGGAUGUGGUUUCAAAUGGGAAGAGUGUUGUAAGCUGGAACAAGGGUUUAAGGUGGAGGUAUUGCUCAGGGGGUAGAGGACCAUUUUAUAUUAAGCUUAUACACAGUGGUUUGUACCUUAACCUUAUUUGGGUAACUGGUGGAGAUAUUAAGAAAUGUUGCCCUUUGGCAAAGUAUUCACUAGUUUAUUUUACUGGAUUUGAAAAGUUAGCCUUGUGCUAAAUUGGAAAUAAGUUUUCAUUUUUGAAUACAUAAAGCUAUUUUUCCAAAACACCUUCCUAUUUCUGGUUGCUGUUAUGUUCACUAGGUUGGAUUGACUGUAAUCGGUUCACUCAGACGGCUCACUGACUUGAGUCUGAGGUUAGGUUGGCAAUGACUGUGAUCAAACUAGUGGCCAUCAACCCGUGAACAACUGUGACAUUCUCAUCUCCAACCCCACUGCCACUCAGGGCUACUUGUUCCCAUUGUUACACCAUGCUUCACCUGCAAUUGUUUAUGAGCCACAUUUGUGCUUCGCUCUGUGAUUCAGUUCUGUUUGUGUAAUAGCACUUAACCUUUUUGCAACAUUUGUAUAAGGAACUGUCUGGGACCAGCUUAGCAUUCAGAAUCAGUCAAAAUGAUCCCUUGUGCUCUCUCUCCUAUCUUGACCCUCACAAGAAUUGAAAGCUCACUCUACUAUUGCACAAUCCCUGUCACUAUUCUAAGCAUGCCAGCAAUGGAGUAACUUUUAUGUGAAUGUGUUUGCAUAUCCCAGAUUUCUGCUUCCAGCUGAUCUGUAUUAUAUAUAAAAAUUCUAACUAAUAUAAAGAUUGUGGUGGAAACAUGGAAAAUAAAGAUUUUAUUAAAGAUUUACUUUGAU